UCAAAGGCUUCGUCUCUUCUAUAAACUGUGUCUUUUUCCUCUCCUUAUUAUACAACGGGGGAGGAGAAAGCACAAAGAAAAUAUAUAGAGAGCACGAACAUAUAUAUAUAUAUAUAGCAACGCUUUGAAUGGUAUAUCCGACUAAUUCAAAUUUAUGUUGCUUAAUACUCGACUAAUUCAGAUUUGCGUUGCAUAUGAUAUGACCCUACUAAUUCAGAUUACGCUACGUAGGAUCACGUUGCGAGAUAAGAGACCUCUGAUUAAAAGUUGAGAGAUAGCUUAUUCGUCUCAUUACAUAACUUGGUGUGGUGGAAAAAUAGAGCGGGGGUGUCUAAGGAAGAAGGCGCUAGUUUCUUCAAAACUUUGGCUUCUUUGAAGAAAAUGGAGUUUGAUACUUGUCCCAUUAAUCGCUGCUCCAAAAAGCACGAGAAGAUAUAUCAAGAAUGGUUUUGUUUUGCUGAUUCGGAUGGAGAUGGACGUCUCACUGGAAAGGAUGCCACCAACUUCCUUGCAAUGUCAAACUUGCCUCGUGAUCAUCUCAAGCAGGUAUGGGCAAUUGCAGAUUCCAAACGGCAAGGAUUUCUCGGUUUUAAAGAGUUUAUUACUGCAAUGCAGUUGGUCUCUUUGGCUCAAGCUGGCCAUGCAGUGACAAGUGAUUUCUUAAAUGCUGAAGUUGAUUUUGAAAAUUUGCAGCUACCUUCACUGGAAGGUCUGGAUAGACUUCUUGCUAAGAAGAAGCGUGUGGCUAAAUGGGUACCUGACCAGAAUGGCAGUCUUGUGCUACCUUCACGAGCUAAUUGGUUUUCAUCAUCAAAAUCUUCAAAGAAGGUUUCUUCAAACUAUGUCACAUCAAUAAUUGAUGGACUGAAGAAGUUGUACGUCAAGAAACUAAAGCCAUUGGAAGUUACAUAUCACUUCAGUGAUUUUGUCUCUCCUCUAUUGGCAAAUAGUGAUUUUGAUGCCAAACCAAUGGUGAUGCUUUUGGGUCAAUACUCCACUGGAAAAACAACCUUCAUUAAGCAUUUACUCAGAACCAGUUAUCCAGGUGCUCAUAUUGGACCAGAGCCUACAACAGAUAGAUUUGUCGUCGUCAUGAACGGACCUGACGAAAGAAGUGUCCCGGGGAAUACAAUUGCUGUUCAAGCAGAUAUGCCAUUUAGCGGUUUGACAACUUUUGGAACGGCAUUUUUGUCAAAGUUUGAGUGUUCUCAAAUGCCGCAUCCUCUGUUAGAGAAUAUCACUAUUGUGGAUACUCCGGGAGUUUUAUCAGGGGAAAAGCAGCGAACACAAAGGAGCUAUGAUUUUACGGGGGUGACGUCUUGGUUUGCUGCCAAAUGUGAUCUCAUUCUGCUAUUGUUUGAUCCCCACAAACUUGAUAUUAGCGAUGAAUUCAAACGUGUGAUUGCAUCUCUUCAAGGUCAUGAUGAUAAGAUACGAGUUGUUUUGAACAAGGCUGACCAAGUUGAUACUCAACAACUAAUGAGGGUUUAUGGAGCAUUAAUGUGGUCUUUAGGGAAGGUUCUGAAUACCCCUGAAGUUACGCGUGUCUACAUAGGAUCAUUUAAUGACAGACCUAUAAAUGAGGCUCCGACCGGGCCUGUGGGGAAAGAACUUUUUGAAAAGGAACAAGAUGAUCUCCUUUCGGACCUGAAAAACAUACCAAAGAAGGCUUGUGAUCGUCGUAUAAAUGAAUUCGUAAAACGUGCUAGAGCUGCCAAGAUACAUGCUUAUAUAAUAAGUCACCUGAAAAAGGAAAUGCCUGCUAUGAUGGGCAAAGCGAAGACACAGAAAAGACUUAUCGAUAACUUGGAAGAUGAAUUCGUAAAGAUUCAGAAAGAACAUCAUCUACCAGCCGGGGAUUUUCCAAAUGUUGAACAUUUUAGAGAAGUUUUGAGUGGUUAUAGCAUUGACAAGUUUGAGAAGUUGAAACCUAAGUUAAUACAAGCUGUUGAUGACAUGCUUGGUUAUGACAUCCCUGAACUUCUCAAAAAUUUCAGGAAUCCUUACGACUAACUAGGUAAAAAAGUUGGUAUAAUAUGGACAGAAGUGGAGCCAGGAUUUGAAGCUAUGGGUUUGGGAUUCUUGUACCUUUAUGUUACUCGAUCUAAAUUAAUAAUUUAUACAUAUUUAA